AUGAAGCUCGCCAUGAUAGCUUUCUUCGUCGUGUCCGCUUUCGCCAACGCUGUUUCUCUGCCUGCCAACUCCAUCCAGAACCGUGCCCCGACUGUCACCAAAUGGGACAAGGCUGUCAACGAUGGACGCCAGCUUUACAACGCUAUGCGCUCCAAAGACAGCAUAGCACGCUGGUUCUACAAAGACUACCCCGACUUCGCCGAUACGGUACAGUCACCGUUUGACGGCGACCUGCGCGAGGAAUUGAGGAAGUGGGGCUACAAUGACAACGACGCAUUGAGCAAACUGAUUGAAAAGGACUGUGAUUUCGACGCCUAUCAUCAUAUCAAACCCGCGUUCGACGAGUUGGGCCUUGACACGAGGGCAAUGAAGGAUGGAGGGCCAAAUGUAGGCUUUAGGGUAGACCAUCAGGACGGGCCGGCAAUCAAGAGGAAGGGUGACGGAACCUUGCCUAGUGAUGCAAAUCAGUACUAUGAUGUUUGUGGGAAGGAGUAUAGGGCCACAACAGGAACCUUUGAAUUCAUCGUCAACCCCGGCGGCAUGAUUGCCCUCAUGAAUGUCAGAGCCCCCUCUUACUCGGCCGGCGUCGAAUGGGGCCGCAAGCCAACGACCGCCGAACUGCCUCAUCUCCGCGCCAUAUCAGACAUUGCCUGGGGAAUGUGGAAUCGCGCGGGCCCAAGCAACAAAGAUGUCAAGUACCUGAUCGUCACGCAGAUCCUCAACCCCACAACCAGAGAGCUGAUUGCUCGUGCAUACAAAACGCUGGACCCGCCGCAGGGUCAGGACAAGGUAUGGCCGGGUGUAGAAUUUAGCAUGGAAACGGAAGCCGGACAGGCUAUGUUGGGAUCGCCUGUUGGACGAUGGGCUGGGUACUUUCUCAUGCAGCACAAGACGCAGCUUGGUGGUAAUCGCUUCAUUUCAAAGGUCCGCGUCUUCAAGAACGAGGAGAGUGGCAGUCUUGCCUAUCUGUGUUUCUACGUGGACCCGACACCCGCACCAGACGGUGCCAUGGCAGCACUCCCACCACGUGAGUUGGCUGCUGCGGUGAAGGCGGACAUCGAGGCGUUUUCCGACUCUGCAAGGCUUGCACGGAUGGGUGGUGGUGGAAAAGCUAUUGUUCGUGAACACGUCCUGCGCUGGUGA